AUGGCGGCGGCUUUACCCGAAGAUGUUAUUCUUGAAAUCUUGGCACGUUUACCUCCCAAAUACGCACUUCAAUGCUCCGCCCUCAACAAGUCUUUCUUCCAAGCCAUCUCCUGUCCAUACUUCGCACGUCGAAACGCCGCCCUAUCAUCGUCCCCGAGCAGCAACUCCACCAUAUUGAUACGCUGUUCGUCCCGAUGCCCCAAGAUUUACACAAGGCUCAGCCUAGAAAUCCCUCGCCGGCAUCUGCCCGCGGCUACCACAAUCCUCAUGCACGAGGUUAAGGUCCUGGACUCAUGCUACGGCAUUCUUCUUCUUCGUGUAAAGUCGUCCGAGCUGCACCAUGUUUUUAACCCGAUCACCGGAGGAAUUGUGCCCGUAGAUCAUCUUAGUGUUCACUUAAACCAAGGCGUCGGCCUCGUCAUCGACUUUCUUCCCGAUUCCUCUUACGGCCUCAAAUUGGCUACCUUUUACAUUCACCCAACGGAGAAAGACCGCCGGGGAAGUCUCCUGAAAUUUAGCAUACUCGUACCGUAUCAAGAUUUCACGGAGAUCAAAUCUCAAGUUAGUUUAUUCUGCGAAGGACUGACCCUUGUGAAGGAUGAACACAUGAAACCCGUUUACGCACACGGGUCCGUGCACUGGCUUGCAAACCAUGGAACAAAAGUUAUAGCGUUUAACGUGCAAAAGGGAAAGGCGCGGAUUUUCGACGGGCCUGUCAAGGGUGGCUUGCGUCACCUUGGGUACAAGUGGUUCGGUUUGGCUGAGGGUUCGCUUUCAUACGUCUACACCCCGCCGGGAGAAAUUGUGGUUGUUGCCCACGAUUCCUCGACAGAUGAGUGGCGAGUGCGGUACAGGAUUAACGAUCUACGCGUUCUGUCUAAUAGGAAUUACGGCAAGGGUAUGCCGUUGUUCUUCGACGGGCGGCGUGUGGUUGUUCGGGUGGGACGACGUGACGGCGGAGAUGAAGUGUAUGAGUUUGAGAUGGGGAUGAAUGAGAAGUGGGAGAAGAGAGGAGUGGUGGAGCAAUGGUCGGAUGCUUUUCAGCAUUUCUUUACUUUCAAUCCAACAUUAGCAAAGGUUUCUGAUAACUAUCUGCACAACAAUCCCACCCAUGUUAGAGAGUACCACCUCAUCAAGGGGCCCUUGCUUCAACUGCAGCACCUCUUGAGGAUCUGA